GAUGGCUGAGGAGGAGAUUAACUACGCUUCAGUUGUAUUUAAAAAUAAGACAAAAUCCCGACGUGAAGCUCAAAAGGAGGAAGACAUUCUGUAUGAUGAGGUGAAGAUGCCGCAGAAAAAAGCAGAACAAGCAGCUGAUGACCAGAAAGCCACCAACAAACUUCGCCACUAUCAGCUGAUGGUUUGCUUUUUGGGGAUUUUUUGUGUCAUUUUGCUGUUCAGCAUCAUAGCAGUCAGUGUCUACUGUGCUGUAGUUACAUCUGUCAUCUCUGCAGAAAAUGAACAGCUGAAUUCAUUAAAAAACAACCAAACAACUCUACUGGAGAUCAAUCACAAGCUGUCAGACCUCAACAACACACUCAGCUCAGAAAAUGAAAGAUUGAGGAGAGACAACGAUAAUCAGACAGUCAUCAUUGGAAACCUGACAAAGAAAUAUAAUGUCUCAGAAAUGAAGAUCAAGAAUCUAACUGGAGAGACCCAGCAGCUGAAGACAGAAAAAGACAAAUUAACAGAACAAAUACUAAAUAUAGAGAACAACGUUACUGUCGUCCAGCAGAUCAUUGAUGCUUACUGCCCAAUAAAAGAUGGAAACAGACAGUGUGAACCUUGCCUAGAUGGCUGGCUGCACAACCAGUCCAGCUGUUAUGUAAUCUAUAACGCUGAUACUGCUGAUCAGAAAACCUGGGAGGAAGCUCGACAGAACUGCACAGCAAAGAAUUCAGACUUGGCUGUAAUAGUUAAUGAAGAUGAAAAGACAUUCAUCAGUGGUAACAGUUGGAACACUCCAGGAGUCAAUGGCUACUGGAUUGGACUGAGAGUUGAAAACAGGAAAUGGAAGUGGAUCGAUGGAAGUGAUCUAACCAAAACAUCCUGGAUAACACAACCUGUUAACAACAGCGUCUGUGCAAUUUCUGUCUAUAACCAAGGAUGGAAAUCAGUGAGCUGUGGAAACAAAAACGGUUGGAUCUGCAAAAAGGCGGCUUUAUCUGUUUAAACAGUGAGAAGCCUCACAUGAGAAGGUUACUGGAUACUCUGUAAAGAUUAAUAACAUGUAAGAUCAUAUCAACUGGAUUGUAAAUAUCAACACAAAG